AUGUCGUCGACGCGUUAUUCGCAGCCGAUGCAAAUCUACCAAGAUCCCGCGACUUCGUUCGAUCAUGCACCGAUGCCUUCAUCAAAAAACGCCUCCAAUUCCAAGAAAACCUCGCCCCUACGCCCGAUAAAAAAUGCCGCGUCGAGGAGGAAUAUCGUACUUAACCCGCCACGAGUUGGCCCAAGCAAGCAGUCACCGCUGAAGAGUGCUCAGCAAACGUAUAGCUCGCCAUCGAGAGCCUCCUUCGGCAACAAACUGAAUAUGGUCCCAAUGCCACCCCCCGGAGGACCGGCGUACACCACCGAUUCGAUGGAAAAGAAACAGCCCUUGAUGUCAAAGUUCAAGACAGGUCUAAAUGCCGCUCCACAGAAGGCUCUCUUCACCACCUUUUCAAGCGCUUCGGAGAAGGAGAAUUACCCACAACCGUAUAACCCGCAUCUCCAAGCACCAUACAGUGAUGGAAUUGGCGGAAUGGGCUUCUCCCUGGAAGGUCUUUACGGCCAAAAGCCCCCGCAAAAGCGAUUGAUGGAUGCCGCACCGAUACACGAAUCUAGGCCCCUUAAGAGGACGAAAAUGGAGGUAUUUCAGGAAGGGGUAGACUUUACAGAUGGAAUGGAACUCCCUUCGCCAGAUUCGUUCCCUGCCCUCCGCGAUGAUGGAACGAAGCCUCCUCAUAGCUACGCCCAGUUGAUUGGCAUGGCUAUAUUAAGGGCGGCCAAUCGUCGUCUCACGCUAGCCCAGAUUUACAAAUGGAUCUCCGAUACGUAUUCAUUCUACGGCGCAACUGAUGCCGGCUGGCAAAACAGUAUUCGCCACAAUCUCAGUCUCAAUAAGGCAUUUAUCAAGCAAGAAAGGCCAAAGGAUGAUAAAGGAAAGGGUAAUUACUGGGCAAUCCAACCAGGAAUGGAGCAUCAGUUUAUCAAGGAAAAGACUCGGAAAUCCGCUGGCCCCAUUAACAAUAGUCCAAUCCUCUCUGCUCGCCCAACUCCCCCUCCCCCCGAGGUUCCUCAUUCACGCGUUUUCAAGCCGUUGGCUGCAGCAGCAACUCAAGAACUGCCUUCGAAGGCAAAACCAAUAUAUACCCAGCCGGAGCCCCAAAACCCUGCGAUCCCUGAGAUAUCUUCUGAUGCUACCAUCCCAGCCUCGGAUGCCUUUCCUGAAGCAGAGGGGGGAGAAGAAACUCAAGAACGUAUGCCUGCUUCGCCGCUCAUUCACUCCUCACCACCCCCGGCAACUAUGCAUUCGUCCCCCCCUAUUGCUCGCCACGCACCAAGACGACACCAUACGCCUCCUCCUGUGCCACCCUUCCCCUCGUCCUCCAGAACUCGGUCACACAAACGCAAGUUUGCAUCCAUGGAUGACAGCGGGUACUUCUCGUCUUUGGACUCUUCUGCAGUACGGCCUCAUCGACUUCUAACUUCAGAAGCUGAUCGCCCCAUAAUUAAGCGAGGUCGUGCAGAAGAGGAGAUCGCACGCCUUCGUGGCUCGUCCUAUGACAGUCCCACGAAAAAUAGAACUUGCUUUGCUCCUCCUUCUUCAUCUCCGUUACGGAAACCCAUUCUAAAGAAGUCGUCUCAGAUGCCGCCACCACUUACUCCAGCAGUCAAGCUAAGAGCCCCUGUUCGGCCGCCUCCUUCUGUAUCACCAAACACCAACCUCAGGAUGCACCGUGAUAAGGUUCGAGAAAUGGUAGGCUCGCCCCUCAGAGGGGUAACUUGCCUAGACGAAAAUCUUCCCUGGAGCCCAGCCUUUAAUCUAGACGAUAGCGGCUAUAUGUUUCAAGAUUUAACCAGCAAUGCGGAUCUGGAUAUCUUCAGCGGCACAAGCGCAAGCUUCCUCAGUGUCCCUGGCAUUAGGUCUCCCGAAAAGAGAUCCGCGAAGAGACCUCGAUUAGACCGGUCACGAGGAUUGGGCAACCCCCUGGCUGACAUACCGCUUUUCAAUCAUGGCUUUACCAAGAACACGACUUCUACACCUUCUCUUAAACUGACUCCGAGCAUUCAUCUGUCAGUAUUUGACGACCCAACAGACCAAUCCUUUGAGUCAAUGGCCUCGCCUACCAUGGAAUCCCCUAGCAAGUUACUCAACCUCUCAUCGCCAACGAAAAUUGCUUCGCCAAAUUUCAACCUUGAAGCGUUUGGCCUCCGUCAAGAGGACUAUUUUGUCGAUGAUUUUUUGGCUGAUGACCUCGACGACUUCUCGGGUGUGGAUAUUAUGCAAGGCUUUCAGAAAAUUGGCGCUGCUGCUGGUCAAACUGCCCGGACUACGCCAAAGAUAGGCAGCUCUCGGCCAAAUUUCGGUCGAAGCUUCAAUUCUCGAUUUUAA